GGGGCUUCGCGCACGCGGUCCCCAGCGCGGAGAGCCCGGGAGGGGACGGAGCGGGAGCCCAGGCUGCGCCCCCGCCGCGCCCCGACAGCCAGCGAUGCCCCGCAGCCUGCACGCCGCCGCCGUCCUCCUGCUCCUGUGCUUAAACGAACAGCCAGCCGGCCCGGCCCCGCUCCACGGAUCCAAGUGGAGCUAUUUUGGUCCAGAUGGGGAGAAGAGCUGGUCCAAGAAGUACCCAUCAUGUGGGGGCGUGCUGCAGUCCCCAAUAGACCUGCACAGUGACAUCCUCCAGUACGACGCCAGCCUUGUGCCCCUUGGGUUCCAAGGCUACAAUGUUUCUGCCAACGAGCAGUUUCUCCUGACCAACGAUGGCCAUUCAGUGAGGCUGAACCUGCCCUCGGACAUGCACAUCCAGGGCCUCCGGUCCCGCUACAGUGCCGCCCAGCUGCACCUGCACUGGGGGAACCAGAAUGACCCUCACGGCUCCGAGCACACUGUCGGUGGGAAGCACUUUGCUGCUGAGCUACAUAUUGUCCAUUAUAACUCGGACCUGUAUGCCAACGCCAGCACCGCCAGUAACAAGUCAGAAGGCCUCGCAGUCCUAGCUGUUCUCAUAGAGAUGGGUUCCUUCAAUCCAUCUUAUGACAAGAUCUUCAGGCACCUUCAAGAUGUCAAAUACAAAGGCCAAGAAGUGCUCAUUCCGGGUUUUAGCAUUGAAGAGCUGCUUCCUGAGAGGCCUGACGAAUACUACCGCUACAAAGGCUCCCUGACCACACCUCCUUGCCACCCCACAGUGCUCUGGACGGUUUUCCGGAACCCUGUGCAAAUUUCCCAGGAGCAGCUGCUAGCUUUGGAGACUGCUCUGUACUGCACACAUGUGGAUGACCCAUCCCCCAGAGAGAUGGUCAACAAUUUCCGGCGGGUCCAGAACUUUGACGAGAGGCUGGUGUAUAUCUCUUUCCGACAAGUGCAAGACCUUACCUACACAGGACUGAGUCUGGGCAUCAUCCUUUCAGUGGCCCUGGCUGGCGUUCUUGGCAUCUGCGUUGUCCUGGCAGUGUCCAUUUGGCUUUUCAGAAGAAAGAAGAGUAGCAAAAAAGGUGACAACAAAGGAGUCAUUUACAAACCGGCCAUCAAGAAGGAGACCGAAGCUCAUGCCUGAGGCCCCAGAACUCCCAGGCAUGUCCAAGGAAGGACUCUGGUUUGGACACUACACAAUGUGGCUCCCUAGACACUUGAAAUACCUGAGGUUCUCUGAUGCUCAACCCACAAACACUCCAGACCCAUGGGCGCGCUUCUCGGUGGGUGCCCUGCCAUCCUGAUGCCACGGCCACCGGCCAAUGCGAUGCAUGGAUGGGAAUAACUCACCAAGGAGGCAGAAACUCUGAGUCUGCUUCAGCUGUGUGGACCAUUAAGUUGUCUGGAUUCUGGGGGCACAAGCCAGGUCACUCACUGGGGGGCUGUUAGUGACUGUAAAACAUUCUGACCCAGGGAUUCCACCUGAGUGUGAUUUCAAGGAUCCUGGAAAUCCUGCUUCUUGUUGAAGCUUUCAGACCUGGAUGUGCACUCUCUGCUUAGGAUUUGCUUUUGAGACUCAGUUUCUUUCCUCAGGGAAGGGGUUGUUGUUCUCCUCUGAUUUCCUCCUGCUAUGACAAAAGCUUUGGUCUGACCUUACAAUUGGAAGGAAGAAUGAUUCAGGAAGGGUCAAGGUAUCAGACAAAAGAAAACAAGAGAGAUUCUUUGAAACACAGUAGAGGCAUUUCCAAAGUCCUGUACUUUGGUUCAAAUGUAGUGAAGGGACCUGAGAGGGAGAGAAUGAGAAGACACCUAAGGUCUGGAGGAACCUCACUUUGGAGUCAGAAGUUGUCUGUCAAGCCGUAAGUGUGAGAAGGACAGAAUAUUAAGGUCAAGCCCAGACUCCUGUCAGUGGGGCAGUUAUGCUUUGUACUCCACACACUUUAUACAUGAUUAGGCUAUUCCUUGAAAAUGUGUUGUUGCUUUCUCUCUCCUAGACAUGAGUUCUGAGAUGACCCAAACUGCUUUUGACUCUACAGGAAACAGGCAGAUGCAAAACGAUUGAAGAGCUUCAUCUCGUUUGCCCAAAUUUCAUUUCUGCCACUUCUGUGGUAUCUCUAGUGCCUAGCUGGAUGGAAUGGGGACUUCUUACUUCUCUGACUUGGGGGAUAUUGAGUUAAAAUCUAGGGGGGGGGGGCUUGGUUAAAAUCUGUUUUCGAGCUAUGAAAGCGGGAAGUUAUCUGUGCAGGGUGGGGGCACCACGGUAUUUAGGGACCAAUAAUAAUGGAAUAUUACAAAGAUUCUUCAUGGUCUUCCACUCAAGUCGCAGUUUCUGAAAAGACUUAACUCUUUCCUAGAUGUAAGAGCCCCAUGGAGAUGAGUUAGUUCCAUGACUGAGAAGGAGCUUCCAGCACCAACCUCUCAUGGCCAGCACCUUGCAGUUCACAGACAGCUUUCUGAUUCCUGGUCUCAUUUUGACAGCAUGGAAUGUCCUAUCAAAGCACAGAUUUCUUUAUAACAUCUUUUUCCUUCUACUCCUCUCUCUGACUCUGAGAAGUCUUUUCCCUUUUCUACUGUCAUGACUUUUUGUAGCGAUGGCAAGCCCCGUGGCUUUGUAGCUAGUUUGCUAAACAAAGUUAUGAAAGACCUAAUGGACACUCAGAUGUGUGUGGAUGAGAACUCUGACAGCUUUGGAGCCUGGGGCAGCAUCCCAACCUUGCCAUUAGCAUGCCUGAUGCUGAUCAAAUGACAGUAGGGACAGCCCUCAUGACAGAGCAAUGUGACUUAGGGGAUGCUUUCUUGGCCUUGGCCCAAAGUUGUCUAUCAGAAACCAACAUAAACCACUCCAGAGCCAUGGGAAUGUCUCUCUAUACCUUUUAUGAACAAAUUUUGUAAGAGAACAAAGAGAUCAUACCUGGCAUGACAGCUGCUCAACGAAAGGGAGAUCUACUGAGCCAUGAAAACUGGCAUUUUUCCUGCCCUGUGGCUGAGAUAAAGCAACGCUAGGGAGGCAGGCAGAAGGCUCCAAGAAUCAACACUGUCAACUUCCAUGUGAAUCAUUAUGGGACCUCUGAGGACCCAGCAGCUUUGGAAUUGGGAAGCCUUUCUUCAGAUUCUCCCUCCUUCCACUGACACCAGUGGCCACUACAGGAACCCAGACUGUGGUGUGUGACGCUCCUCUGUCUCCCAUGCACCUGGUGGAGGGGCCCCGGUGCUGUGCUGGGUGCACAGCAGGCAGGGAUCACAAAAACCAGGCACAGACUGGAAAGGGACACACGGAAGGCCCUGGCUUCUUUGCUUCACCAACGGAUAACCUGAGUUUCUGUAUUCUGUUUCUUUAGUGCCAUCUGGUAAAAACAGUAACUUAUACUUGUUUCCUUAAUAGACAUUCUAGAAUUUUGCUGCAUUGACUAUUAAUCCUAUUUCAAGUUCAGACCUUAGAUUCUUCUCCCCUUUGCUAAACUCUCGGAAGUCCUCCUGAGCACCGCCGGGGAGCAGUGGGGUCUGCAGCACCCCUCCAUUCCUGUGCCAUGGAUGGAUCAUGGGCCACUGUGAUGAUGACGUUUAGCACUUCUGUAUUUAUUGUAAGAAUGAUUGUAAUGAAGACCUAAACUAUAAAUAUGAGAAAUUAUAAAUAAAAUGUUUUUCACAUCAGGCUGA